GGUACAUGUACGUUCCCAAUAGCAAAGUAGCUCUUCAAGGCUAAGUAAAAUGCCAGCUUGUGGGGAAGCUGAUUCUCUUUUGCUCUGUCUUUCAGUGUGAACAAAACGAUCCUCCCCUUCAAGGCUAAGCAAUAAUCAAAGAUAAAAAGAGAAAUCUAGGUAGAUGGAUCGAGCUGAACUAGCUAGAACAAAGUGAUAGCACGCAGAAGGAAGAAAGAGUAGUACAUAGGAAUUAUUUAGAAUAAUGGACCAGGAGAGUGGUAAGCCCAAAAAAGAAAUUGGAGGUAGGAGAUUGAUUGAUUUGGUCUUCUCUUGGUCUAUUACAGAUGUUCUCAAUAAAGAUCAUUACAAAACCCAGGUAACUAGGAUUCCUGAGACGUUCUCGACCGUAACGAGUUACAUGAAAGCAUUUGUUCCUUCACUUCUUGAGGAAAUACAUGAUGAAUUACGCUCAAGCAUGAUGUCCCUGGCGCAGGCGCGAACUUGUGAAAUUCUGACAGUUGAAACUUCCAAGGAUCAUAAACCUCCCAAAGACUUGUUUUACCAAAUUACAUGUGCAGAAGAUUACGUAGGAGCAUACGAGCCAGUUGUUGGUGAUAUCAUUGCCUUGACCGAUGUGAGACCAAAAUCCAUUGAUGAUUUGAAUAGAUCCAGAAAUUCUUAUGUUAUUGCUUAUGUUAUUGGAUCGCAACACGGAAGUUCUGAUAAGCUUCCGAUACUCGCAUCAAAGUCUAUCAAUAAAGGAAACUCAGGAAACAAAAAGAUUAAUAGUAAGAGUGAUACACUUUUUGCUGUUUGCCUCAUGAACAUGACGACAAAUGUACGUGUAUGGAAAGCUCUGAACUCAGAACUAGGCUCAAACACUAAUCUGUUUAAGAAUAUUCUGCAAGUGCAACCACCAAAUUCAUCACAUAGUCAGAAUUCUUGCCAAAUUUGUUUUUCCAAUGAUAAAGGCUGCCCUGAGCUUUUUACUAGAUGGCCCACAAUGUGUUCUGAUCUAAAUGAUUCCCAAGAGGCUGCAGUUUUGGACUGUAUCAGUUUGAGUAAGUGCCAUCACCAGAAUACGGUCAAGAUAAUAUGGGGUCCUCCAGGGACUGGAAAAACAAAGACAAUUGGUCUGUCACUAUUUGCUCUAUUUCAGUUGAAGUGCAGAACACUGACAUGCGCUCCCACCAAUAUUGCUAUCGUAGAAGUGACAACACGGCUCCUGAGAUUGGUUAACCAGUCAUUGGAUUAUGGCAAGUAUGGACUUGGAGAUAUAAUUCUAUUUGGGAAUAGGAUGAGAUUGAAGAUUGAUAAUUAUGAUGACCUUCUUGAGAUAUUCCUUGAUCAUCGUGCUACAAUUCUGUCCACAUGUUUGAACCCAUUGUCUGGUUGGAAACAUUGGCUAGAGUCAAUGAUAGAAUUGCUUGAGGAUCCAAACAAACAAUACUCAUUGUAUUUGCAAUCAAUAAGGAAAAGACACAAUUAUAAACAUGAAGAUUCUGGUGAUAGGAGCUCAGCAAGUGAUGGUGAAAAUGAUAAUUUGACGUUUGAGCAGUAUGUGAAUGAUAGACAGGACUCAAUGUAUUUGAAAAAGAGAAGGGAAAAAUACAAUGAUGAUGGUAAAGACAGUGAUAAUAGGAACUCAUCAAGUGAUGAUCUCAUUGGUUUUUUGACACUUGAGGAGUUUGUGAAGGAGAAACAGUAUUCACUGUAUUUGAAAAAGGGAAAGGAAAGAUGCGACAAUGACGGUGAAGAUAGUGAUAACACAAACUCAUCAAGUGAUGAUGAAAUUAAUGUUUUGACGUUAGAGGAGUUUAUGAAGGAGAAACAGAAUGACAUUGGUGACAAUCUGAAGCUGUGUAUGGUAAAUUUGUACUCUCACUUGCCAACUUCUUGCAUUUCAUUAAAGGUGGUGAAUUACAUGAUUAGAGCUAUUAAUUUGCUUGAGUCAAUUAAAUCAUUAGUGUGUCAGGGGGUUGGCAUUGCUAGUGAAGGGUUUCAAUUGGUCCUGAACAAUUGUGUUCAUAUACUGAGGUCACUUCGUGCAUUUUCUGUUCCAACUUCUAAUGAUGGUCAGACAAUAAGGAACUUGUGUUUGGAAAAUGCUUGCUUAAUAUUUUGUACCGCAUCAAGCUCUGCAAAAUUGCACACGGAAGGAAUGAAACCACUGGAACUUUUAGUCAUUGAUGAAGCUGCUCAGCUUAAAGAAUGUGAAUCAGCAAUCCCUUUACAACGACCUGGUCUUCGACAUGCUAUUCUCAUAGGAGAUGAGAGGCAACUUCCUGCUAUGGUUAAAAGCAAGAUUGCUGAGAAUGCUGGUUUCGGAAGAAGCUUGUUCGAAAGACUAGUCCUAUUGGGACAUGAGAAACACCUUCUCAAUGUCCAGUAUCGAAUGCAUCCAUCAAUCAGCUUAUUUCCGAAAAAGGAGUUUUACAAUAAUCAGAUAUCAGAUGGUCCAAAUGUCAAUGAAAGGAGCUAUGAGAAAUGCUUCCUUGAGGGAAAAAUGUUUGGAUCCUACUCCUUCAUAAAUAUAGCCGAUGGAAAAGAAGAAUUUGAUCGUGGACGCAGUUUGAAAAAUAUGGUUGAGGUUGCUGUUGUCUAUCAGAUAGUUCUUAGCCUUUACGAAGAAUUCACUCGAACAAAGAAGAAGGUUAGUAUUGGGGUAAUAUCACCUUACAAAGCCCAAGUCAAUGCAAUUGAAGAGAAAGUCAGAGAAUACAGUACGGAUCAUUUAGCUGGAACUGGCUUCACUCUAAGUGUGCGAUCUGUUGAUGGAUUCCAAGGUGGUGAAGAGGAUGUGAUAAUCAUCUCCACUGUUAGAUGUAAUGGGAAUGGAUCAAUUGGUUUCCUCUCAAAUCAUCAAAGAGCAAAUGUUGUACUAACACGUGCAAGGCACUGUCUUUGGAUAUUGGGGAAUGGACUGACCUUGUCUAAGAGUAACUCUAUUUGGAAGAAUCUAAUCAUUGAUGCCAAGAAUCGCAAUUGUUUUUACAAUGCUGAUGAGGACAACAACUUGUCUCAGGCUAUUGCCCUUGUGGAUCUUGACCAAGUUCAAGUUUUAUUCAAUUCUGAUUCUCUGCUGUUCAGAAAUGCAAAAUGGAAGGUUUACUUUGCCAAUGAAUUUUACAACUCCAUCGCAAAAAUUAAAGACCCCAAGAUUCGUCGGGAAGUGGUUUCCCUACUGACAAAUCUUUCAAUUGGUUGGCGCCAAUCUCAUGGGGCGAAACUCUAUGGUAGGACUUCUUGUCAGCUAUUAGAGAAGUAUCAAGUCCAUGAGAACCUGAAUUUGAUUUGGACUGUGGACAUUCUCCAAGAGAAUUCACAACAUGUACAGAUUAUACAAGUUUGGGAUAUUGUGCCACAUUCUGAUGUUCCAAAUCUCACAAACCGUCUUGACAUCAUUUUCGGGAGUUACACAGUGGACAAGGUUAAUCUCUGCAAACAAAGAAGUCUUGAGGGGGACGAUGUAGUUCCAAUUAGAUGGCCGGUGGAAUAUUCAAGCAGUUACAGUGAAUCUGAUCCUCUGGAGUUCCUUUCAACACCAUUAUCUUGUCUCACUCUGAGGGACGAGCCAGCUGAAAAUUCAACUGCAUCUUAUAUGAGAAAUAAUGCAUCCAACAUGAGUGGAAAGGAGGCCACCGGAUCAACACCAAGGUGGUAAUUAAAUGUGAUGAGAAGAGGACAUUAUGCAAGGCCAAAAGCAGGGGAUCGAAUAUGUUGAUUAUGCCUCAUAUGGAUGUUGUAAACAUUACAUAUGAAAUAGUUGCAGUUAUCCAAUAUUUUGGCAAAAGUUGAUUUCAAGUGAUCUUAAAUAUUGCAAU